UUUCACUUUAUUUUAAUACAAAAAUUAUAAAUAUAUGCAGGUAAUAAAAUAUAAAAAGUCCAAGCAACUCAAUAUUUGCUUGGAAGCUACAACAAUGGAUGAAGAAAACUACUUCUCCAAAAACUAUCUUUAUCUGAAAGCAGAAGUUGCCAGCUGGUUUGAUUGCCUAAGAAUUCUACAUUCAAAUGAUUUGGAGAAGAGAGAUUUCUGCAACACUCAGAUUGGAGGCGGAGUCACCGGAUUCCGAUACAGAUGGAUUGUUUUCAUCUCUGUGCUGCUCCAGAAAGCCUUGCUUCACUUGAAGAAUCCCAUGGCCGCGCUCGGCGCCGCCAUCGAGCUAUGCCUCAACUAUCCGCCCUUCAACGGUGGCUACCGCCGCCUCUUCUUCAACAUUUUCACAGGGAGGGUGGUGAAGCCGGAUAGAACAUCAGCAAAAUUCACGUCUAUGGUUGGAAAUGCUGACAGGAGAUGGGAUUUGAAGAGAAAUUAUUAUGAAAACACAGCUGCAGCAUUCAUCGCAAUAAUGGCUUCCAAAUUGUCGUACGAAAAUGAAUCAUUUGCUCGAAACAUUGUCACGCAUCAUUGGGAGAUGGAAUUUAUUGGGUUCUUCAACUUUUGGAAUGAUUUUCAGGAAGUGAAGUCGACAUAUGCAACCAUGUUCCGAGACAAAAACCGAAUCGUGAUAGCAUUCAGAGGCACAGAGCCAUUCGACAGCGAUGCAUGGCGCACCGACAUCGACGUCUCCUGGUACGAGUUCCCCGGCGCCGGCAAGAUCCACGGCGGCUUCAUGAAAGCCCUCGGCCUCCAGAAAUCCGCCGGCUGGCCCAAGCACGCGCCAACUCCCACAAAACCAUUCGCCUACUACGCGCUCCGAGAGAUGCUCGAAACCCUAAUGCACGAAAACGGCGACGCGAAAUUCAUAUUGACCGGCCACAGCCUCGGUGGGGCAUUAGCAAUUUUGUUUGCCGGCAUUCUGGCUAUGCACGAUGAGGAAUCGUUGCUGACGAGGUUGGAAGGAGUGUACACAUUUGGGCAGCCAAAGGUGGGGAACGAGCAAUUUGGGGAGUACAUGAAGCAAAAAAUGAAGUUGUAUGAUAUCAAGUAUUUUAGGUAUGUGUAUUGCAAUGAUGUGGUGCCUAGGUUGCCUUAUGAUGACAAGGCAUUCUUGUUCAAGCAUUUUGGGCCUUGCUUCUACUUCAAUAGCUGCUACAAGGGCCAGGUUGUUGAGGAGGAAGAUGACGACAAGUAUUUCUCGUUACUCUAUGUUGUACCGAAGGUUUUGAAUGCGGUUUACGAGCUUAUUAGAAGUUUGAUGUUACCUUGGAUAAAGGGGGAGGAGUAUAGAGAAGGAUGGUUUAUGAAAUUGUUUAGGCUAACCGCCUUGGUUACCCCGGGCUUAACCGAUCAUUUUCCACUAGAAUAUGAUAAUAUUACUAGAUCACAAAAAAUUGGCCUCAUCAAUAUAUUCCCGGGGGCUCAUUGAUAUUUAAUUCAAUAGUGUGUAAUACUCUAUACAUAUGCAUAGAGAUAAAUAAAAUUGUGUGCUAGUAUAAUUAAUUAAUCAACAAUUACAAUUCAAUA